UUAAUAUAAAUCCAAAAAUCCCACAAACCUAUUGUGGUUCACUCAGUCCGCACGUAUAAUUUAAAAGCAGUAAUAUAUAAUUGUAUAUUUUCUACCAUAAAAUGGAUACAACAGAAAGCAAAGACAUUAAAGUCCUGACAAUGCGGGAAAGAUUGGAACUGUGUGCACCGUUUAAUUUAUUUUUUACUACGAUUCCUGAGGAGCCUAAGACAACUGGAUAUAAUUGUAUUGCGUUUCCAGAUUUAAUUUGUCCAAGUCUUGGAAUCUUGGAAAAGUCCUUACAAAUCAAUUUUAUGCUUGAUAUCGACUGGUUAAUUGAUCAAUAUGAAGUUCAUAACUUACAUACAACACCCAUUACAGUUAUUUGGGGGCGGGAACUUGUGGAAGAUAUGAGCGAAUACAUAUCGGAAACAUAUCCAAAUGUAAAGACGCAUAAAGUGACAAUGGAAAAUCCAUAUGGACUUCACCAUUCAAAAAUUGGAAUUUAUAAAUUUGGUGAUGACACAAUAAGAAUUGUCAUUUCUUCGGCCAACUUAUACUUUCAAGAUUGGAAUCGUUACAAUCAAGGACUUUGGAUGAGUCCUCCCUUGCCCAAAAUGGCCGCGUCAAGCACGAUUUUGAUUGCGCUGGACCCACCGACUAUUGAGCAAACAAUGCUCCUGCCCAGCGAAACAGGACAUGACCCUGAAGGUGCUCUCUCAUGGGGUAUAAUUGCGCAAGCAUCCAGUCUUGGGCUGUUUGGAGAUAAUUUAGGCCACUGGUUAGAGCCUAUUUUAAUGCGGGCACUCUCAAGCCACCAAGCUUCACCUUAUAACAAACGAGCGCCACGAAAUCCAACUUUGAGCUUGAUCUACCCCACAGAUCAAAACGUUGAAAACAGUAUUUUUGGUCGGAGUGGUGGUUGCUGUCUUCCAUAUAAAAUGAAUAUCAAUGAAAAACAAGAAUGGCUUAGAGAUUAUCUUCAUGUAUGGAAAGCUGAUAACACUGGAAGGUCAGAGGUAAUGCCUCACAUUAAAAGUUACAUGAGAGUUUCGCCAUGUUUAACAAAAUUAGCGUGGUGUUUGAUUACCAGCGGCAAUAUAUCAAAAGCGGCUUGGGGCUGUUAUCCAAAUCGGUAUGGUGGAUCGUAUAUUCGAUCGUAUGAAGCAGGCGUAUUGUUUUUGCCUCAUAUGUUUGAUGACGAGUAUUUGCACGUGAAGCGUCCAGAAGGAGACGACGGUAAAUUAUUUCCGGUGAUGUUUGAUUUACCACUGCAGCCUUAUCAAGCCGAUGAUAUAGUUUGGUGUAGUGAUCGUUACAGGAAUGAGGAAGAUGAAGAAGACACAUCUGAAGAUGAAUAACUUUUCAACUUUUCAGAAGCAAAAAAGUUUAUUUUAAAUUAGGUGAUGGUUAUUUUACAGUUACUAAUUUAUGUACUAUUUCUAUUUGGGCAUGACAUUGACAUCAAUGUAUAUAGAAGAUCAACGAAAGUGACUUGAGCUCAAUUAUUGUUUAUUAUUGCUGUUAUUAAUAUAAAUAUUUUUGAUUGUUGUCA